AUGUCAGGGAAGGUAGAUGAUCUCUAUCUGCCCAAUGCAGUUAUCUUACGGAUUAUCCGUGACUCCUUGCCUGAUCGCACAGUGGUCAGUCGUGAGGCGCGGUCUGCCAUUAGCAAAGCGGCCAGUUCUUUCAUCCUCUAUGUGACCUCCUUGGCUAGCACGCACUGCGAAGCUGCCAAACGGAAGACGCUGGCAGUUGGAGACAUUCUUGCUGCAUUGAAGGACAUGCAAUUCGAACACUACAUUGUAGAGCUCCAGACGUUUCUGGAACGUAAGUUGGCUGAAAUAGCAUUGGGUACACAGUUGGGGGCGAGAUGGACAAAGUGGUUAAAGCGCGAAUUUACUGACCGGAAGGUCCGUGGUUCGAAUCCGACCUCCGCCUCUCGACUUCCCCUGUCUAGGCUUGGGCGACCUGGCAGUAUCCCAGCCCUCGUGCUUCCUUCGUGUGGCAUGGCAGCUAGGCACCGAAAGCGUGCUACAGUUGGGACGUUAACGCAGUUGGACCAUUCGCACCGUACACCAGCAACCUCAUUCUCCAUCUACUGGUGUGCAAGAUGGCCCAAGUGGUUACAGCGCGAAUUUACUGACCGCAAGGUCCGUGGUUCGAAUCCGACAUCUGCCUCUCGACUUCCCUGUCUAGGCUUGGGCAACCUGGCAGUAUCCCAGCUCUCGUGCUUCCUUCGGCUGGCAUGGCGGCUAGGCACCAAAAGGGUGCUUCUGCUGAACGGUUCCAUCUACUGGUCUCGAUCCACAUAA